CCUAACGGUAGCUCCCAGGGAAAGGUCCACAACCCUUUCCUGCCGACGCCCAUGCUGCCUCCCCCCCCUCCUCCCCCGAUGGCCCGUCCCGUCCCGCUGCCCGUCGACGCCAAGCCGCCCUCCACCUCCUCCGAGGGGGGGGCAACUCACCCACCUCACCCACUUAUUCAACCCCGACUACAUCUCCAGCCCAGAGGUUCGUCAGCGUCGGACCCAGAGACCCCGGCUUUAACAUCCCUCAGCAGCCGCAGUGGUACCUGGGAUAAGUACUCCAGAGGCCCCUCCCCCCUCCACCCACCUGUACGACAGAUCGCUGCAGCCCCACCUCCUUGAACUUUGACCUUCGGCGCCAGCUGCAACAGAGAGCCAACCCCCCCCCCCCUCAGUAUUGCCCCCCCCGCCCACCGGCCCCCCCUUCCUCCUCCCACUGUGCGCCUGACUCCGCCCCCACCAGCGCCACACAGACUCCAGCAUGGCUACAGCGGAUCAAACGCACCCAGACGCCACUCUGUGAACUCACAGACCUAACCCCCCCCCCCCCCCCCCCCAUCCACCUCCCUCGCACCCCCAAAACCAGACCGGGGUGGAGAUAUUCAGAAAUUCAUGGGGGGGGUCGGUUGGGUUUCGGGGGGGGUUGAGCCUUCAAUUUUUGGGAACGCAGUAAGACUGAAUCACAGAGCUUUCCUACAUACAAACUCUCCCAUCAUCCUUUGCAGUGUGUGUAUCCAGUGGACUCACCCCCCCCACCACCUCCACCUCACCUCACCGUGCCCCCCCCCACUACCACUGCCCCCCCCCACCACCACCACCACUGCUCCCAGUUGAUGCUUUGGGGCUGGUUUAGGUGGUGGGACAGGACGAUAUACGCCGUAGUAAAUAGGGGGGGGGGGGGGGGGGAGGUGUUACCUGGCCUCAGAUACCACCAGCUGACCCCCCCCCCCCACCCCCCCUCAGCCCUCACACACCUCAUGGGAUGGACUCCACCCCCAUUUGCCCCCCCCCCCACUGGUGGCAGUAUGGGGAUGUAGGAAGACGACAAAGCUCUUUCCCAGGACAUGGACCAGUGCUUAAUGGAAAGAGCUGACGGGCGGCAGGGGGGGGGCGCCCAUGUCACAGUAAUAACAUGAACAUGCAAGGGUGGGGGUGCAGGCUGCAGGGUUAUAAUAGGGGUGGGGUUUGGGGGUGGGUCAGGAAUCAGGGGGUUUGUUGAUGCGAAGUGUUGCGAGCAGACGCUGGUGGAUCCGAGCUCGUUUAUCUGGGAGACUUUGGCUUCAUGGCUCAUUGAUUUUUUCUCUCUUAGCCGUCAUUUCAGCUGGUCCCCCCCCCCCCCACCCCCACCCCCCCACUUCCUCUUCCUCCUCUCUCCAUCCACCGGUCCGGGUGAAGCUACAGCAUGCUAUCAGGAUGGGCAGGAAAAACUCUGGUGUCCGAAACAUGAAGCAGGCAGACAGGAGACAGACUAAAACUUUACCAGUGGAAUAUUGAUCAUGAGGAAAGUGCAAUUUUGUUGGCUAGCUGUUGGAUAGUUAAAUAUCUUUGUAAGAUAGCUCAUUGAGAACAGUUGUUGAAAAGUAUAUAUAAAUAUAUAUUUUUCUUCCUAGUCCGCUCACACCUCUGGGACUCUAAAAUAUUGGGGUACAAAAGACAACAACACAGCGUUGAACUAGAACCCAUAGCCUUUUGAGAAAUAAGGGGAGCUGUAUUCACUUUUAUUGUUUAUUAUUUGUUGUUUGUUCAUCUUGUAAAUCUGUUAGCAUGGUAGAACCAGAAUCCCUUUAAAAGAAUAUCAUUUUAAAAACAAUCAAUUUUUUAAAAAGCAUUUCUUGCAGCUAAAGUCUGCUUUUCAUUUUUAUUUGAAAAAAAAAAAAAAAAAACGCUAAGCGAUUUAACUUAUUUUAAAUGAGCACAUUGUUUUACUUAAAAAGAAAAAAAAUAGCAAUUUGAAAUUUCUCAAGAGGCGAAAUCAGGAGAAAAUAUUACUGAGUGAAUUUAAGCUGAACUAACUUUCUCCGGUUUCUGUUGGCGAGAUAAUCUUUAACAGGGGGGGCGUCGCCUAAGGUAACGGGCUGCCCCUCUGGUUGGCUGGGUCUCAUAGAGGCUCCGACCAAUCAAAAGCACUUAUUCCUGCAGUUGGCCAAUCGGCUGCGAGCGUGUAAUCAGGGGGUGUGGUUUAGCUAUAAAGAGGAAGAGCAGAGGGUAACUUUCUGGAAGCUUUCGUCCACAAAUAGACAGCCGAGCGCUUCACAUGCAACUUACCAUUUUAUUGAACUUCAGUUUUUUGUUUUUUCCUUUCCUAUACUAUAUAUAUAAAUAUAUAUAUAUACAGUAAAUAUAUACACAUGCACACACACACAUAUACAUGCACACACACACACACACUCUUACGACCAUCCAGCGUCGAACAAAAGUGAAUUUAAGUGAAAAAGUUACGAAAAAAAACCUACAAAAAAAAAAUCUGCAUGUUCUAGUGUUAGUGACAAAUUUUUCCAUAGAUGAUGUAGUUAGUGAGAUAAAGACACUAUAUUGUAAACCCAACAUCAGGCACUUGCCAGCAGCCGUCUAUUAGUUUUUCUAUGGCUCUCCUUCACAAACAACCAGCUCUCUUCGCUUUCUCGGCAUCUUCUCCAUUUCUUUUGUUAUUUCUUCUUUCCCCUUUUUUCCUCUUCCCCUCUCUUCCUUCUUUCAAAUAACAGACUCUGCAAAUUCUGCUUCCUCAGUUCCCACGAUGUUCCUUCUCUAAAUCAUCUUCUGUACGUUAUUAAAAAAUUGCACGACAACAAUUGUUCCUCAUCGAUGUGCCUUGAGCUACGGUCCAGUCCUGAGAGGUUGCACAAGAUCCAAAAUGUGGAGAGUCUCGUUUGCUUCUCGUUUAUAUGAUUUAUUUUCUUCUUUCUUUCUUAAAUUUUCCUCCACACCUCCACUUGAUUUUGUUGGUAACUGGAGCAAUUAAGACAACGAUAAAAAGCCGAGGAGGAACGCUGUGAUUUACAGAAAGACUCAUUGAUAACCUCUCAGUAUUAUGAGGUCUCAGGCCUGUGCUGCACUGCUUUCUACCCCCCAAAACCUCCCAAAAACCUCCCCAAAAACCUCCCAAAAACCUCCCCAAACACCCUGCAGCACUGAGCAGAGACCUCACAGGUGAAUCUACACCAGCUACAAUCAGGUCAAUCACCUCCAGAUCUCUGCUAAAACACAGUCUGGUGAAAUUUGGUGAAGUGAGCACCGAGAAAAGGAACAUAAAACUAUAAGCUGACAGUUAAUCUGAGUUUAAACAGUUACUGAAGUUACUUUAAAGUCUUAUUUAACAGUUACAUAAUAGCAGCAAAGACGCCUUGUAUAACGUUAGAUAGCAGUCUAGCACAUUUCAGCAGUUUAAAUCAAUUUGCUCUGAGUUGUGUUAUUCACAUUAUGCUGGUAUAAAUGUAAAGAACGAGAAAAUGAUGGUGUUGUUGUUAUGACAAUCGAUCAUUUACACAUUUUACCAAGAUAUUUGCUCUUUGUAGUCAAACUAUGAGUCAAUAUGAACAGAAAAAGUGGGAUAAAUUAGCUGUUAAAUGGUCAUAAACAAGUUAAAAAACUUCACUUUAAGAGUAAAUUAAUAUUUUUUGACAUCUAAUCUGUAAAAACUUGACUUUCUCCCGCGCUAGUCAACAAUGACAUCGUGCUCAUUUCACUAAAUUUCAUGUUGCAGCUGGAGCUCAGAGCUGCUCAGUGAUUGGUUAGUUCAGUUAAACCCCCCCCCCCCCCACCUUUGUCUGCUGGGAUAACAUCCACCGAUCGGUUGCUGCAAUCUCCAAAAAACAGCAAUUUUUAUUCUUUUCAAGUCUUCCUGUUUUUCAAUUUUUGUUCAUUGUGCUUCUUUUUGUCGCCAGAAAUGAAUAAUGAGGACAUAAAAAUAUGCAAUACCUGCUUGCACUCACUUAGACUUUUUUUAAUAUUGUUUAUUUAGUUUUUUUUCUUUCUUUACUUUCAACCAAAGUUAUCGUGCACGUGACUGGCGCCGUGCUCCGUGGUCGCUCCCUAAAAAUGGUGAAGCCAGCCUCGCAGGGACGCUUCCGUCGCUCGGGGAAAACUCUACUUCCUUCCUUUCCUUUCCUUCUUUCCUUUCCUUACUUCCUUCCUGUUUUUUGAUAUUACCAGACGGCCGCAAUACUACAUUCGGGUCUCUCUUUUCCUCUUUCCUAAUGGAUUUUUAUUUCUUUUUUUUUUUGGUCACAAGCAAGCCUUAAACAAGUCCAACUUCUUCUCCAUCGCGCAGAGAACAGUUUAUCAAAAAAAAAAAACAACACAUUUUUAAUAAUAACGUCCAGUAUUUGAAGCACGCCCCGCCCUGCUUGGCAGAGGUUUUAGUGAAUAAAUUGUUUACCCGUUCUGUGUUCAGUCCGUCUAUUAAAAAUUUAACGGACAGCGACGCGACGCUGCCGGCUGUGAUGGUUUAGUAGUUCCACUUGUGUGGGUUGUGUUUCCUCUUAGUGUUUGUUUUGUCUCUGUUCUUGCUUACCCUUUAGCCAUGAGUUGGGCAUUACUUCCUUAAUUAUCUGCACUAAAUAUGAAAUAAAUGACAAUAGUGAAAAAGUAUGAAAUAUUUAAAAAAACAAAAAAACAAAUACAGCUUCCAGGGCUUAAAAAAAAACGAGCGAAGGGAAUAUUAUUAUUAUUAUAAAAAAACAUUAAAAAAAUUGCACGGACAUUUUUUUUAAAAAGUGUCACAAAUCACAAAAAUCACAAAAUGUGAAACAGCCUAGCAUCUAAUCAGCGACUUUUUUGGGCUGUGUGUGUGUAAGAUAAAGACAAAAUUGCACCCUUUUUUAAAAGAAAGAAAAAAAUGAAAAAGAAAUAUAAAAGCAAUAGUUUGGGCAGUGUGUUUUUUUUUUUUGUUCUUGUGUUGUGUGUGUAAUUUAGUUCUGGUACAGCAGCGAAGAGACGCAGAGAAGAGUUAGCUCUUUCAGGACGGGAGCGGGCAGAGCAGCUGGGAGACGUGUUUGUAUGUUGUAUAGUUUUAUUAAUUACACUGAUUUUAAAGCUGCCCUAUUUUAUAAUGCAGGACUUUUGUAACAUUGAUUAAAUGAGGAAAAACUAGUGUUGUGAAUUUUCUGAUUGUUUGUAUCGAGGCCACAUUACUAGAACUGGUUUGGUUUGUUUUCUGGAAACUGGAUUUAAGUUGAAAACUUUCCUGUUUCCUUAUAUUCUUUUUUUUUUUUCUUUAUUUGCUUUUUCCUUUUUUGUAUGUAUUUAAGGACGUUUCCUCUGUUGAUGGUAUAGCAUAUUCCUGUACUUAAAAAGUAUAGGGCGCUGUGGUGAUAAGACCAUUGUAAAUGGAUGUUACAGUAUGCUGUAUGUUUUGAAGGUAAAUUGUUGCAUCAGUGUUGAUGAAGCUAAAUCUAGGUAAUUCUGAGGAAAAUUGGUAAGAAAAGUGAGCGUUUUUUAUGCAUUUUAAAAUUUAGUUUUAGGCAGGAGACAAUGACAUAGCCAGCCAAAGGAUGCCCCUACUAUAAAUGCAUCUAGGCAUCUUUUUUUGUGUUCACCAUUCCAUGCAGGAAAAUAAACAGCUUGAUUAUGCA